AUGUCUCCUACCAUAGUCCUCAUCAGCGGCGCCGGCAGGGGUCUAGGUAAAGGCCUUCUCGAGCGGUUCCUCGCCAAGGAGAAUCACAUCGUCAUCGCCGCCAACCGUGACCCCGAAAGCCCAACCUUCAAGGCUCUUAAGGAACUCCCCGCGGGCCCAGGCAGUCGCGUAAUCGUUGUUAAAGUUGAUGCCUCUGUCGAGUCGGAUGCAUCCGCAGCGAUCGACGAGCUCACCUCCACCCAUGGCAUCGAUCAUUUAGACAUUGUAAUUGCGAACGCUGGGAUAGCUUACACGUUCCCCACGGUAUCGCAGCUUAAGGGCGAGGAUUUGAUCAAUCAUAUCACUCCCAAUGUGCUCGGGUUUGUGUGGCUAUUCCAAGCUGCGAUACCGCUCUUAAAGAGGUCGGCGAACCCGAAGUUCGUGACUAUGGGCUCUGCGACAGGAUGGCUUGGGAUUCCUGUAGCGAACGCCGCGUACGCACCUACUAAGACUCUAACGCAUUGGAUGACUAAGAAAAUCAGUGGGGAGGAGGACUGGCUUCUUGCUAUGAUUGCUGAUCCGGGCUGGGUGCAAACAGACAUGGGUAACAGCAGCGCGCGCAUGCUCGGUCUUCAAGAAGCCCCCGAUAGGCUCGAUGAAUCCUGCGAUGGUAUCGUGAAAGUGAUCGAUGAAGCCAAGAAGGAAAUUCACGGCGGGAAAAUGUGGAGCUACCAUGGAAACGAGCAGCCAUGGUAAAAACACUCAAUUUUCAUGCGAGCUUAGAUAGACUUGCUGCUUGCAAGCCAACUCCUCUCAAUCAUGUUGUUAUUAUGUAGAAGUAUAUAUAACGAAGAUUAGUCCGCAUGCUGUUGUUACCUGCCCAGGUGGAUAAAAAAUGGUAGCCCACCUGAGGCCCAGUACAAUAUGUAAAUGAAGUAAAGACCCAGGUAUAUCCUCCCUC